CUGAAAAAAAUGCAAGAUUUGGCUACACCGACGAGAAUCGCAACCGCAUUGCUUGACAAAAGUGCAGAAUGUGCUCUCCUGGUCUGGUUGAUCGUGCCUAUAGUCAACAGUCGAUUUUCAAGCUUUAAACGUCAAUUACUACAAAUAUCCAAGCUGAUCAGUGGUAAACACACUAGACGCGACACCACGCUUCAUAUUUGGAACAUCUCACUUGGAAAUCCUGCAUCUUUCUUUUGGUUCUUAACCACAUCAUUCGCUGAACUUUAAUUGUCAGUUUUGCCGGUCUCUACUCCAUAGGAUAGAAGAUGAGUCAUGCCAUGUUUCUACAUGCGUAUCACUUAUCUUUAAGGCUCCUUUUACCAAUGUCUCCGUUGGGUCAACCUGCAUCUCACUUCAUCUAUCACUUUCAUUCUCUCUAGUGGAAGGAAUGACUAAACUUCCGGUUAGAAUAUGACAUACUUCCUACCAACCACUUUUACUUUCUGUAAAACGCCAUAUUUUGCUGCACAGCACACCUCCUGGUCUCCAAUAGUUCAUAAUGCAGCCUAAUUCGAAAAUCGGAUGUUUGAAGUUAUUUGAUCUUCUGCGAUAUCCUAAUUGUUUUGAUCAAUGAAUUUCUCAUGGCCCCGCUACAGUACGAACAAUCGAUCUUGCCUACUCGUGAAAAUGCCUAGCAUUGUUCUUUCUACAUUUCAUAGCAUAAAGCAUAAAUCGCCUACUUUUGGACUGAUCUAGUGCAUAGAAUUCCAAAUUUCCAAAGCCUGGAUACCGUUUCUCAAAAUAGGUAGGAACAAGUAACUCAUCGAUACAUCACUCAUGAGCUCUCAACAAGGAAAGCGCUAUGCAAUAAUAACAAAAUGAUGCCAGCUUCGAUUGAGCUGUAGAACACACAACACACCAUCACAAGAUAUCAUCAUCGAUUCCUCUAGGACAAUUAUACUCUGUGAUAAUACUGUGGCUUACUAAUUCAGUACAGAUUUAUAACCCAAGAAUGGAAAUGACACCUCCUAACAAAGACGCGAAUGAACUUGAUCCAAAGAUGGGCUUAUCAGAGCUAGUUGAGUUCCUCAGGAAGAAAACUUCGGGAGUUCGAACGCGCCAUAAAAGAGCAGUGCUUUUGGAUGCCAUCUUUCCCUUUUGUUGUGGCUAUAUCAAAGACGCUCUACAAAAACCACAGAAGGAGUCGAAAGAAGCGCUCGUUAGAGUUUGGGAAACUUUUACGGAGGUCGCAAAAAAUGUUGAAUGGAACGACCCAUUUCAUGAUAAGCUGAUUUGCUUGCUCCUUUGGACGAAAGAAUUUGACGUUCUUCGCAAAAGCCUUCGUCCACAAGAAAGGAAGACCAGUUCAGCAUGUGAUUGUGACCACUUGCUAGGAGUUAUGCAGAACUCAUGGGAGGAACUCGUAUUUGCAACUCAUGACACUUUAACAGAGCAAUGCAAUCUUGCUAGUUUUACUGCUACGGCCUUGGCAAUCGGUACCAACGACUGGAUUGGUAUUACCGCACUAUGGUACCUGGGCGAGGCUCUUGAGACAAGCGAUGAAAAAACUAUGCGCCUGGCGCCGGUGACAAUCAUUUGGAUUCGAACAGCCGGUCCUAAGCUACUCACAUUCUCAAUGCUCAAAAAGAAAUGGAGCAAUCAAGAGAUUGACCAGAAGGCUUUGAUCGACGUAGCAUGGAUCCAGAUUCCUGGAAAAUUAGCGCAAGAGGGCGGAGUUACCUACCACGGGUUUAGCUUGGAGCGAUGGAUGUUCUGGAAAUCUCGCUUUGGAAUGUUUGCGCAAGAUGAAGACGAGGAAGUUCGUCUAUGGGCUACAGAUACAGUCGAGUAUAUGACUGAGUUCGAUAGUAUGUUAGGCUACAACAUGGCAGACGAGGCAAAAGACGAAUCAGAGUCGCUGAAUGUCUUGAGGGAUAAAGAUGAAAAUGUAAAACCGAGUAAGUAUAUCGACAUGGUUGAUUGAAAUUGCAAUAAGGAACAAAAGCUUGAUGACAGGCAUUGCAAAUGAGGGUCGUUGUCAAGGUCGUUGUCAUGUCGAUGGAAACGAAUAUGGAUAUAAUGCCAGCAGUGAAGAGAGGGAAGCCUUUGGAAGAAAAGAAAAACAGUGUUUGACAAUAGGCUUUAGGAGCACAGGUGAAAUAGUAUGGAUAUGGAAGAAUGAAGUUAUACUCUCAUCAAUAAGAAACCUGACCAGCACCUUCAAAGU